AUGUGCCGCACGACAAGCCAGCUACGAGAAGAGCCAAUCGCUGGGCUGAGAGCGAUGGCUGAGUCGUUGCACGCGAACGGCGAGGCAUACGCGAACGUCAAGAGAAUCCGUCCAAACUUUAUAUCUACGCUGGUGUGGAUGGAGCGGCAGGCCUGA